CUAAAGCGCCCUCUUUCACCCGGACAUGUCCACUUUUUACGUCCUGUCCGGGGCGUCCGGGCGGGUUUUAUUAAUCCAUGAAAAUGUCCGAUGUCACUGUGUUUCAUAGCACAAUUACGCGUGAAGUCACCAAGCCUGGGGCCCAUAACACACAGCAACACAGCGGUAACCAGCAGACGAGCUCCAACCACUCUGUGAGAGACUUGACCACCCAGAGACUAACUGCUGCUGCUGAGGAAAUAUUCACCCUGUUUCAACCAACUGUGGUUCAGUACGAGGAGGAGAUUGGUCGUCGACGCAGAAUGCUGGAAAUCAACUGGAAUCCUCAAAUCAAGUUACACAGAAUAGAGCUCCAACAGGACCAUGACUGCAGAGAGGAGCAGCUCUUUAAACAGGAAACAAACUACUGUCCAGAACAGGAUGAAUCAGAACCUCUACAAAUUAAAGAAGAACCAGAACCGCUGCACAUCAAAGAAGAAGAAGAAGAACCAGAACUUCCACAGAUCAAACAAGAAGAACCAGAACCUUCCCACAUCAAAGAAGAAAAAGAAGAACCAGGACUUUGUCAGUUUAAGGAGGAGCAGGAGGAACCAGAAUCUUCACAGAUUGAGGAACACGACGAACUCAGUACCAGCCAGAAGGGAGAACGAUUUAUUCUGAAGUUUGAAAGUGAAACCUUUAAGAUUCCUUCUGUUGAGGAUCAAAGUGACCUGAGUGACGCAGAAGUACCAGAGACUGAGCAGUUCCUCUCUCAGAAUUCUGAAGUCCACCAUGUUAAAAGACACAUUGACUCAGAAUCAACUGGAAAUGCAAAGCUGAAAAAACUCAACAUGUUUCAUAGAAACAGUGUGAACAACUUUCAUGUUUCAGAGAAGCAGGCUGAAUGUGAAAAGCUUCUUUGUGAAGAAAUGUGUGAGAAAACUGACCAUAAAAAACAUCAAUUAUGUCAGAAGGUCAGAAUGGUCACUGAUGAGAAGAUACUUUGUGAAACAUGUGGCAAAAGUUUCACUCAGCAGAGUCAUUUAUUGGUCCACAAGAGAACUCACACAGGUGGGAAGCCUCAUUCUUGUGAAACAUGUGGAAAAAGUUUCAGUCGACCGAGCCAUUUGUUGAUCCACAAGAGAACUCACACAGGUGAGAAGCCUUAUUCUUGUGAAACAUGUGGCAGAAGUUUCAAUCGACAGAGUGAUUUGAAGGUCCACAUGGGAACUCACACAGACGAGAAGCCUUAUUCUUGUGAAACAUGUGGCAAAAGUUUCAUUCUACAGAGUCAUUUGUUGCGACACAUGAGAAUUCAUACAGGUGAGAAGCCUCAUUCUUGUGAAGCAUGUGGCAAAAGUUUCAGUCGACCGAGUGAUUUGAAGGUUCACAUGAGAACUCACACAGGCGAGAAGCCUUAUUCUUGUGAAACCUGUGACAAAAGUUUCAGUCUUGUGAGUCAUUUGAAGGUCCACAAGAGAAGUCACACAGGCGAGAAGCCUCAUUCUUGUGAAUCAUGUGGCAGAAGUUUCAGUCGAAAGAGUGAUUUGAAGGUCCACAUGGGAAUUCACACAGGUGAGAGGCCAUAUUCUUGUGAAACGUGUGGCAAAAGUUUCAUUUUACAGAGUCAUUUGAAGGUCCACAUGAGAAUUCACACAGGUGAGAAGCCUCAUCCUUGUGAAACAUGUGGCAAAAGUUUCAGUCGACAAAGUACUUUGUUGUCCCACAAGAGAACUCACACAGGUGAGAAGCCUUAUUCUUGUGAAACAUGUUGCAAAUGUUUCAGUCAACAAAGUACUUUAAAGGUUCACAUGAGAAUUCACACGCGUGAGAAGCGUCGUUCUUAUGAACCAUGUGGCGAAAGUUUCAGUCAGCAGAUUGAUUUAAAGGUUCACAUGAGAGUUCAGUCAGGUGACAAGCCGUAUUGUUGUGAAACAUGUGGAAACAGUUUCAAGCAUCAGAGUAGUUGCUUGCGCCACAUGGUAAGUCACAGAGGUGAAAAGCCUUAUUCUUGUGCAACAUGUGGCAAAAGUUUCAGUCGACGGAGUCAUUUGUUGCGACACAUGGGAAGUCACACAGGUGAGAAGCCUUAUUCUUGUGAAACAUGUGGCAAAGGUUUCAGUCUACAAAGUUAUUUGAAGGUUCAUAUGAGAAUUCAUACAGGUGAGAAGCCAUAUUCUUGCAAAAUAUGUGGCAAAAUUUUCAGGCACCAGAGUAAUUAUUUGGUCCACAAGAGAACUCACACUGGUGAGAAGCCUCAUUCUCGUGAAACGUGGCAAAAGUUUCAGUCAAAGGUGUGAUUUGACGCACGACAUAAGAUUUCACACUGGUGAGAAGCCUUAUUCUUGUGAAUUAUGUGGGACAAGAUUUAUUUAUUGGAAUUCAUUGCUGCACCACCUGAACACACACAAAUGGAUGAAAUCAUUAAAUACUGUGAGAGUUUUUCUCCAGGAAGUCCAGCUUGAACCCAAAAUCAUAAGACAUCAUCCAGUUUGAAGGAAGCAUUACUGAUUCACACUCUGUUUGGGCUACUUCAGGAAAAAUUAAGUUUGUGUUCUGUCACAAUAAAACGAACUUUCAAGAAAUGGAAAUAAAAUGCUGAUGUGAAUGUGAUACUCACAAAAUAAGCAAUUCUUGCUUUUUGGUUGUUUUCCCCGUUACACUGGCAUUUUACUUUAUCCUGGUUGAUGAUAAGGAGACAGAUGAAGUGCAUAAUGACAUGCUGUUCUCCAAAUGGACACAGGGUGGCAGCACCCUCCAAUAGCGUCAUUUUGGGACCCUGUUGGCAGUGCAGAGCAAGGAACUCAUAAUCCAAUGGAGAAUGAGCAACAGUUGUCCUGCGUCGCUGAUAUCAGUGUAUUAUUUCCCAUAUCUACAGGUCAGUUACCCCAUUGUGUAUGUAAUCACGGAUGUUGAUCAAGUAAUAUGAAUGCCUGCAGGGUAUUGCACAAAACCAGUAUAAGGGAUUAAGCCGGUGUUGGGGAUCGCGGGUAUCACCAGUAAGCUGUUCAUUUGCCAGGACUGCUGUGUGUGAGCACGCAUACGGCAGAGGGGAGGCCAGCCCUCCCCCCUCAACCCUCAUGGAGGGCGAGGUUUUUCAAUUUCCAGCCAAGCUUCAAAGCCCACCUCUGAGAGGAGGUGAUGAACUGUGAUUGGUCAGGUUUUACAGAAACCGCCCAACCCAACCCUGAGACCUUCGAAGAGGAAGGUUCUCCAGGAGACUUCACCCCCUCGACUUCCGAGGAGGCAGGUAGGGACCUUCCCUGGUCCCGUAGUCGGCUAGCCAGCACUGCUAACGGCUAAAAAAGGAAGGAUAGGCCCUCAGACCAGGGCCUAACCACAGAGAGGACCCCGGCAUCCAGCGUCCAUGCUUCCCCACCAAGGACCACCAGAACAGGCCAGAGGAGCACCGCCUCGACUCUCACAAACUGUUCUUUGAGACUUCCACAGGAGAAGCGACCAGUUCCUUCAGCCUGAAGCAGGAUCUCCGGCCUCCAGCCACAAGCACAUGGUAGACUGACCGACCAAGCCAAGCACCAGUCAGCCCCAGCAUCUGACUGCCACUCGGGCCCAGGAUCCACUCCUCCAGCCCCACUGUCUGACUGCCACCCAGACCAGGAUCCACUCCUCCAGCCCAUGCCAUGGACACCGCGGAAGAACCACGGCAGGAACGGGUCUUCGACCCUUCAACACCUCCAUCUUCUCCCGCUGCACACCCACAGACAAUGUUAGCAGGGACCUGCUAACCGGAGACAAACCACCUGGCUAGCACUGAGCAGCUGGCUAGCACCGAGCGACUCUUCCUCCAAAGACAAUGGAAUGUGGUAACUAUCUGGGCUUUAGCAUAUACAGGUUUUGCCAAGCAUAGAACUGUUUUCUUUCAUUAUGUGUGGAUUUAAUUGAGAUUGUUUUCCGGUUUUGAACUGAGGAUAAGUUAAGUCUGUAGGCUAAUGAUCACUUCGCUUCACCCAACGCCGGGUUUGCAAGUUAAUCUUGGCACUGAACUGUAAUGCUUCAGCCUUCAGCAUCACACCAAAACAUCACAUGGUUAAUCCAACAUCGUCCACCCGGUCUGAGGUGAUGGACAGUACAGAUCAUGUAGACUCCCUUUUGAAUUGGCUUUUACAAAGUUGCACUUGAGAGAGGAAACAGGCCUCACCCCCUCUCAAGCUCUCCUUUGUCACUGAGCACAUGUGCCAAGCACAUCCCUCUGAUCCUCCAUUUUAACUGUAGUCUUUGGCUGGCCGCCAUUUUGAUUGUUCCAUCCCCCAGUCCUCCAUCCCAUCUCCAUCUCACAAACCAUCUCUCUCGCUCUCUCUCACACACACACGCACAUUCAUACAAA